CAUGGCUGCCCUACUUUCUCAUCCAACCGCAGCACGCAGGGCCCCGGGCCAGGCAGGGGAAGGAGGCUGGAGCGUCUCUCCUAGGGCAUACAGCGAUAGCCCUACGGUCUGGAGCCAGGUUUUCAAAAGCUAGACGCUAGACAUUCGUGCCUGUCCCAGAUUGGGCCACUUCGUUUUUCGGGCGCUGCUUCUUGCAAGUUCUCAGUGGUGCAAUUUACUGCGUCGGCAGGUCACCAGUAGUCAAGUCGGAAAAAAGCUUUGGAAAAGUCUGACAGAGGCAUUAAAGCAUGGGACGGUGUAAGGCCUAAGGAGCAAAAGAACCACUUUGAGGGUGCUCCCUCCAAACGCAGCUAUGUAUUCAUUUGGUCAAAUCAUGGCCGGGGGCCUCAACACGGUCUCCGGCCCCUUCCACCCUUUCGGGGGCGCUGUUGACAUCAUCGUCGUCAGGCAGGAGGAUGGCACUUUCAAGAGCACGCCCUUCUACGUCCGUUUUGGCAAGUUUCAGGGAGUUCUCAAGCGGCGUGAGAAGGUGGUCAACGUGUCAGUGAAUGGCGUAGGGGCCAAUUUCUGCAUGUACUUGGAUCACAGGGGCCAGGCGUACUUUCUCCAUGAGAAAGAAGUAGAGGAACUGGUCAGCGAGGCUGACCCCACCUCCAUGUUCUCUCCCGGGGGGUCCUCUGGCGACGAGGCCUCUCGAGCCGUCCCCCAGCUGCUUCUAGAAACGCCGUCCGGCAACUAUAAGGAGGCGACGCUCGAAGACUUGGGGAGCCUGAAGGAAGGGCAGGGGCUGGUUCUCGAUUCUGAGGGGGAAGCCGCCAAGGCAGAAGAGAGGCCCGCUGAACCCCCCCGGAAAGAUCCAGAGAGGGAUGGUCGUGAGAGUGAGACGGGGGACGCUCUUGGAGGCUCAGAGAAGUCAACUGACAGCCUGGAGGGGGUGGAGAGACCUGGCACAUCUAAGGAGCCUCCUUCCGAUGAGCUGAGAUCCAAAAGCUUCGGUGGGGAGUCUGAGGCCCCUCCGAUGUUUCCUCGAGGUCACGGCCGCUCGUCCUCCGCCCCGCCGGCAGGCCCCCUUUCUCCCGCCGAAGUCGAGCUCCGCUCGGUGUUGUCAAUGUCUCCCAAAGUGGAGGGCAAGGGGUACAGCUUCGAAGACACGGACAUGAGAGAGGGGGCCGCCAGCGCGACGCCGGAGAGUUCCAUAACUGUUGAGGAGCAGGCGAUCCUGGAGCGUGAUUUGGCCUGGCGGAAAGUGGUGCGAAAAGCAGCAAAAGCAGUGGAAGCGUCGCCCCCCCUGCUGAAGCCCCCAAUUAAUUUCGUUGAAGGCAAGGCCGGCGAGGGAAAAGGGAGUCAAGUUCGGAGGUCAAGCAGUUGGGGUGACCUGAGCCGAAGAACUUCCGCUGAAGAAGAGGCUGUGAUGCAGGAGCAUCCAGAUAAGGCGUCGUGGGGCUGGGGUAGCUGGUGGUAUAAGAGCUCCCCCGAGGGGCUCGAUCCGCACAUAAGCGGGCGGCCGAGCCAGAGCGAGGGGGGCUCCAGCAGGAAGAGCUCGUACCAGACAGGGAACGAGGACGUCAACGACCCCAAGGAGGUCAUUCUCGGGUUUGAGAGCGCGCGCAACUCGUUUGCUGAUUUCGGGGUGUUCAAUCAGGAGGGUGAAAGCUCUGGGCGGGAAGGAGAAGGUUCGGAACGCGGCAGCCAGCAACCCCCGCGCUCGAUCUUCAGCCGGUUAUUCGGGACGGGGGCUGCGCCGCCGCCAGUCCAGACACCAGUGCGGAGAUUGCAGCGGACAGAGAGUCAGGAGGGGUUCAGCAGGAAGGGGGGGAGGUUGGAUGUGAACAGCGACUUCCAGGAAGACUUGGACGGGGUGCUGAAGCAGAAGAUGAUCUGGGGCCCCGCUCCAGAGAAGAAGGAAGACGCUGUUCCGGAGCCAGGGGAGGACUUCACAGGUGCGAUUGCGGGGCUGAAGCGGGGCAAGCAUGAGUCGCCUGCGAAGCGCGAUGAAAGGGAAGUAGAAGCGGUGCUGUCGAGCCUUGCCGACGACCUUCUUAGGGAGAAAGCUGAGGGGUCAUUAAAGGCGGUCAAGCGGCCCGGAAAGGUGGGGUUCAAGAAGGAGGGACUGCAGGCGUUGGCGCACAGAACUAGCAGCGGGGGUUUCAGCGACGCGCCCGGGACGCGGAUCCGGAGCUCCUUUGCGAGAAUCGACGAGAUUGCGGAGGGCGAUAGAGACGGCGAAAGCGCAAGCGAAGGCGGGAUGGCGAACGAGGGAGAGCGGGACGAAGCGAAGGCUUCCGUUGCACCCCAGCAGAUCGAUCCGCGGUACCAAAGCCGGCCGUGGAAGCGCAAGCUGUCCCGAAAGGACAGCGAGAGUGACGGGGACGAUAUUGAGAUUGAUCUCACGGCGGGGGGCCAUGCGGUGGAAGCCAGCAUCAUUAUGGCGGAGCUUGAGAACAAGCUGCUGGUGGAAAGCCUGGAAGAGGAGCAGCGGACCGAGGAGCGGCUGAAAGAAGAGCCCCUCCGCCUAUGGGACGGGAUGGAUUUGGCGGAGGCGGUGGCGGCGUAUAAGAAGACGGUGGGUGGUGAAGAGGGGGAGCGUUUGGAUGAGCUCCUGAGGGGCAGGAGUAAGAAGUGGGAGGAGCAGCGGUUGAGAAAGAUUCUGUCUGGGGUUGGCGGAAGUGGCAAAGGGGACGGGGGUCUGUUAUCGGCGGGUGCGAUUGACGGGGAGGGGGGCAAGGGAGUGCUCUCAAGGGCUUUCCGCAGUCGCCUGAAGCAGGAGCUGGCGGCGCAGUUUCUUGACAGAGAAAAGGACGCGACGAGCGGAGACACAGGAGUUGUGGAUCCCCAGGAUGAGAGCGAGGCGGAAGCAGCGUUCGUAGAAAAGCAGAAGCAGGACGAGAAGAGGGCGGCCGUGGACAGCGCUUCCGAGGAGCAGUCAGCGCCGGAGCCCACACCCAAUGCUGAAGACGUACCUGCGGAGCCAGAAAACCAGUUCAGGGGGUUCGAUGUCCAGCCUGGUUCGACCCCCCUCCACAGUGUCCGAAGCGCUCCAGUGGUCAUUCCCGGCAGUAACGUCUUGAACGGUGUUGCGGCAACGGACGAACCGGGGGUUCGACGAGCGGCCUCGUUACCGGGACCGGGGGCCGGUUUUCAUUCUCACGAGCCGGCAUAUGCCGAAAUCAGGGACAGGUUAGAACGGCUGGAAGGUUCGACAGCUGUUUCCCGCAAAGAUGGUACGCAGCACAGGGGCUCGGUUUCGGGUCUAAGGGAGAUUCUCAACCAGCCGCUCUCACAGUCAGCGCCUGUCUCUGGGAUCAACACGCCUAUUGUGCUUAACCCGGACUCGAAACCCGGCACCGAACCCGGGACGACUCAGAGCACCCCUCCGAACGAAGCCCCGAUCUCUAACAGGAACCUCGGGAAGCCCCCCCUGUGUCGGAGCUCCCCUCUCAGAACGAUGGUUUCGGGGACGGGUUUGGCUAACCCGGAAGAAGCACGUAUGAGAAGUGGAGAGUUGGCAGCGAGUUUGGGAAGAGAAGAGGCCCGGUCAAGGGACGGGGAGUCGAGAGAGGGUUUGGCUAACCCGGAGGCCUUGCCCAGUGCCCGUUCCCUGGAAGGCGAGAAAGUGUUUGACUCUUCGGACCCGCUGCGUGCUGCGGUGUCGGACAGGGAGGGAGGGGAUACGGUGGGGGCGGAAUUUGCAGUGGUCAAGGAGAAGGCGGAGACUGCGAUGGAGCUGUCGCUUUGCAGACAUUUGCUGCUGCCAGGGAUGGGUGUCGAAGCUGCUCAAGCCGCGUUCGAGUCCGAGGCAGUGUCCUUCGACAAGUUCAUAAGCGGGCCGCAGGCUCUCAUAAGCAAUGAGCGCCUCGUGUGCCGCGUCGGGGGCCGCUACUACCCCUGGAAAGUGGUCGCCCCCACGCUGCUCGGAAUGCUGGCCUUCGGGCGCGUUGUACCUACUUAUAACGGCACCGAGUUUGACGGGGCGAUUCCCGUUGAGAAGCGGGAGCCGCCCAAGCCGGAGGGCGAGGACGCGGCCCAGCCGGGCGCAGCUGGCUGGCGGCUGUGGCCCUUUGGUUCACGUGGGCCCGGGCAGCGGCCGCGCACGCCGGAAGGUGGGGGGACGCGAUCCAGGACAACUUCGCCGGAGCCUACAGAGGCGGUGCAGGCGACCCCGCCGCGGCCGCUGGUGCGGCGCAAGCGUAAGUGCAAGCUGCGCACGCUGAUCCCCACGAGCGAGGAGCUGGCGUCGCUCAACCUGCAGGACGGCAAGAACAAGAUUACUUUCUCCUUCACCACGCGCGUGUGGGGCAAGCAAGAGGUGGACGCCACGAUCCACCUGUGGAAGUGGAACAGCCGCGUCAUCAUCUCUGACGUCGACGGGACAAUCACCAGGUCCGACCUCAUGGGCCAGAUCGCGCCGCUCAUCGGCCGCGACUGGUCGCAGUCAGGGGUCGCCUCCCUCUUCUCCUCCAUCAAGGAGAACGGCUACGAGUUCAUGUACCUGAGUGCUCGCGCCAUCAGUCAGUCCGCGACUACUCGCGCGUUCCUGAGCGGCAUCCGGCAGGACGGCAAGUCGCUGCCGGACGGGCCCAUCGUCAUCUCGCCGGACGGCAUGAUCCCGUCACUCUACAGAGAGGUCAUCCGGCGCACCCCCCACGAGUUCAAGAUCGCGUGCCUGAAUGAGAUCCGCGCGCUGUUCCCCCCCAACAGCACGCCCUUCUACGCCGGCUUCGGCAACCGCGAUACGGACGAGAUCAGCUACCUCGCGGUUGGCAUCGCGCGCGGCAAGAUCUUCACCAUUAAUCCCAAGGGCGAGGUGGUUGCGAACAAGGUUAGCGUGGACGUGUGCGGGUACAGCAGCAUGCGGCAGCUGGUGCACGACAUGUUCCCGUCGGUGAACCGGAUCGAGGCGGAGGACUAUAACUCGUGGAACUAUUGGAAGAUCCCCGUUCCCGACAUCGACGAAGACGAGUUGCUCGAGUCGAAGAAACGCGAGGAAGAGGGGCGGAAGAAAGAGGAGACGAGGAAGAAGGAGGAUGCUAAGAAAAAGGAGGAGCAGAAGAAGAAGGAUGAGGUGAAACGGCGGGAAGAGGAGAAGCGGAAACUAGAGGAGGCGAGGAAAAAGAAGGUGGAGGAUGAUAAGCGGAAGAGGGAGGAAGAUCUGAAGAGAAGGGAAGAUGAGAGGAAGCGGGUCGAGGAGGAAGGGAAGAGGAAGAAAGAGGAAGAGAAACGCAAGAGGGAGGGAGAGAAGAAGCGGGUUGAAGAUGAGAGAAAGCGGGUUGACGAGGAGCGGCGAAAGGGAGAGGAAGACCGACGGAGAGAGAAGGAAGAGAAGAGAAGGGCGGAUGAGCAGGAAAGAGCUAGGCGGGAGGAGGAGAAAAAGCGUGCUGCGGAGGAUAAAAAGAGGGUUGACGAAGAGAAGAAAGGGGCGGAAGAACGGAGAAAGAAGGGCGACGCGGCGGCAGACGUGAAAGAGGGGUUGGAGACGGUGAACGGGGCGGCGUCAAGCGAUAGCGCAGAUGCGAAGGUACAGUCGAGUGAGCGGAGCGAGUUCAGAGACGUCAGCGGAGGGGAAGUUUCGGAGACGGCUCAAGCGGAUUCGGAGCCAGGGAGAGCCGACAGUGAGGAUAUGGAGAGUCAAGGGGCAGGGAGAGUCGAAAGUAGAAAAAAGCACGUAGGAACGUCGAGUGUACAGGGCAGCGAAGAGAACGGCGUCGAGGCGAGCGAGGUUGCGGCGUUGCAGAAGAAUCGACUGAACGGCGGACCUGUUCGAGGCGAGUCUAGGCCUCAGAGAGUCGUGAAAGUGGACCGGAAGGAAACCCUCAACGGAACGAGCGAGAUUUCCGCGGCCCUUGAGAGCAACGAGCAUAAGAGGGGCGACAAGUCCAAGGACGAGAGGGGUGACGGGGGCUCUGAGGAGCAGGUGACGUCAGCGGCGAGCAAUUGACAACGACUGGAGUGCGGUUGGGAUCGCCGUUGGGGAGGCGGCCAGUCUGCACUGCACUUGCUUGAUGGAUAAGGGGCCCGUAUGUAGGGCUGCCGUCUUGGGCAGAGCUUAGAAAUGUAAAUUGGGACCAAGGAGAGCACUGAAUCCAGCACAAGGCAAUCCUUCCAGAACCAGAUUUUCUUAAACUUUUGCAAGAACUAGACUCCGCAGAAGCAUUGCAGACAUUUUUUGAACACACUAACAUGUACUGUAGUUGAAUGUAACAUGUAAAGUAUUGGCUC